AUGGCCGCUGCUGUAGCUAUACAACCUCUGGCCCCUCGCUCUGGCCCGAUGGCUUUCAAUCAACAACAACCCAGGUCUAUCACCAGCUCGCGUGGUCGAAGAGAAAGACCCUGUGACGGUUGCCGUAGACGUAAGAGCAAGUGUGUACUACAAGACUCAUUACCUUGCGUGCUGUGUGAAUUCCACAAGCAAGACUGCACAUUCGUUGAGGCUGCUCAGCCACGCAAGCGAAAGGUUGACGACUCUGCUGCCAACAAGGACACACCAAACGCUAAACGCCCAAAGGACUCCAAGAGUCCUGGUCAAUCACCUCCUCCACAACAACGUCCUGUUGCCCCUGUGAUUCGCCUGGAGAAGCCACAGCAUGCCCCUCAACCCGUAAGGGGCGUGGUUCUGGGAGACACUCUGAGCUUACAAAGAGAACAACACUGCAGACUUAUUGGACGUACCUCGGCCUUGGACAUUUCUCUUCUUGGAUUCUCAGAUUUUGGUAGCCGUCACGAGACGAACACUGGCUUUGGCAAGAUCAGAAGGGUAGCGAACAGUGACUUCUUCAGUAUGCAUACAGAUGCUGCAUUCUCAACGUACGAAGAUGAGCUGCAAACACUAGUUGCAGUCGAACAGACUGUGGCACCCUAUGGUCCUUCGCUCAUCGACCUGUACUUCCGCAACGUACAUCCCAGCUUCCCUAUUCUGCAAAAACAUACUUUUAUGGACCGACAUCGAUGUGGAGACCGUCAAUUCCAUUCUGGUUUACUAGCUGGAAUGUACCUUCUGGCCCUUCGUUGGUGGCACCGAGACCCCGUGCUCUCUCAGCAUCCCAAACCUUCAGUGUACCGCCUUGAGGAACUCGCAGCACGAUCGCUCAGCAUGGCAAUGCAACACCCCAAGUUAUCUGCCCUCCAAGCUGGUCUGUUACUGUUGCAAAGACGACAAUCGACCGACUGGGGCCUUACUGUACAACUAGUCGCCCUGGCACAAGACCUCGGUCUGCACAUUGACUGCACAAACUGGGACAUUCCGAUCUGGGAACGCCGAUUGCGCAAAAGAUUGGCAUGGGCGUUAUACAUGCAGGACAAGUGGACCGCUCUGGUGCAUGGGCGGCCGUCUCACAUUCAAGCUGCAGAUUGGGCAGUUUCUACUCUUACCCUGGACGACUUCAACGAGGAAUUUGAGAAUGCCGACCAACAGGUGGUCGCAGAUGAGGAGAGCGAGGAAGAAGAGAAGAGCAGAGUUAUCUUCAUCCAGAUGAUCGAGUUGACGAGUAUCAUGGCCGAGGUUAUUGAUGUCUUUUACACUCAAAGGGCCAACGCAGAGUUUGAAAGGGGUGGUCGCAAUGCUACACGAUUGAUUUUGGAGCGUGCAAAGCCAGUUCAACUCAAGCUCAAGGAGUGGUUCGCCAAGUUGCCUGCGGUUGCAAGAAUGGAUGCGUACACGCCGGGAAAGCUGUCCUCAAAUGGAUACCUGCAUCUUGCAUACUUCGCAACCGAGAUUUCGAUUCACAGACGCAUUGUGCAGUCGCUGCAGCCCUCGUCGACGGAUCCUUAUGUCUUGUACAUCUGUCGAUCAGCAGCAAAGACGAGAUUGAUUUCGGCCAUGGACUUUGUCAACCGUCUCAAGCCCGAACACCUCGACUCGUUCUGGUAUUUUGCGUCGGCAACGAACUUUGCCAUGAUUAACACAUUUGGCAACCUACUCAGAGCGACAGCGCCCGGCGAGGAAGAAGCAGGAUUUUAUUCGUGCCGUCUGAAGGAAUACAGAUGGGCAUUGGGUGCCAGCUGCCGAAGAGCAGAGUGGCUGGAAGGCGCUGUCAGGAUGCUUGAUGCAACAGACAACUUGGUGGAUGGUCUUGGUCACAGAAACCAAAACAAUCAGCAUACGAUCAACGAGGAAAUGGAAGGAGAUGGAGAAGGAGAGUACUGA